UUUAAGCAGCUUCUUCUUUGUCUCCUACGGCCACCCGCACCUCCUCCAAACGCCUCCACAAUCGGAUCUGAACCACCAGAAUCGAUUUUCAUGGAGGAGAAUCGGUUCUCACCUCCCAUUCUCGCACAGGCACACUGUAGCACUUGUCUAUUCCCACGCAUGGAACAAAAAAGAGCAAGGGGGAUUUUGUAAUUUCACCUUCAUUCCCUCAAAUCAGACUCUCAAAUCACUUAUCCUUUUGAAAUGCUUGAUGGGUUUUGCACAAGCUUUCCCUGUAACCUCUAUUAAUAACCUUCCCUCACUCGUUUGCACCUUUAAGAGGAAACUUUGUGUUUCUACUGCAAAACUCAGCCGAGACAAUGACCCAUUACUUCUUUCUGCCACUGCUUUUGCUUCUCUUCGCUACAGUGAAUCUCUUCGACCAGAGCCUCUGUUUCUAGACCCAUAUGCUGGUUGUUUUGUCCGUGAUAAUACUCCCGAGGAUGUGAUUCAGGACUUGCAUCCCUAUUGUCUUGCAGCCAAGUUCAUUGAUGAUAAGCUGCUUCAUACAGUUAGUCUUAUUGAUGGACUAAAGCAGCUAGUUUUUUUUACUGAUGGCAUGGAUACACGCCCAUACAGACUUCAGUGGCCCACUUCGACCAUAAUAUUUGACAUUUCCCCUGAAAUUGUGUUUAAGUUUGCAGCUGAGAAGCUUAAAGAUGUUGGGGCUAAGAUACCCAAAGGUUGCAUAUUCUGUCAUAUUCCACUGGAAUCAUCUGACCUGGAGCAGGCUAUGCAAUUUAAAGGCUACAAUGGUAAUAGACCAAGCAUAUGGGUCCUGCAGGGAUUUCCAAUGAUGACGCUGGCAAAUUUUGAAGAGGUUUUGUCAAUGAUUAGCAGUUUGGCCAUGAAGGGAUCCCUUUUUUUAGGAGAGCUUCCUGCCUGCUUAACUGAGACAGACCCAGAAAUCAAGUCCAAUAUAAGGCAAUGGGUGGAUAAACUAUUCAUGAGCAAGGGAUUUCGGGUGGAAAUGAUCAAGUACGAAGGGAUUGCCGGGAGUUAUGGUAAAGAUUUUGCAUCAGGGCACAAUAAUAGUAUACUGUUUGUCGCAGAACAGCUGUUACAUUCUGAUGAUCAGAUGGAAUCAUGGAGACGAGAAUUUCAAAGGAUAGAGAAUGAAGGUGAUGAAGAUGGUUUUGAAGAGUUAUAGAUAAGCAUAUAAGCUUCAUCUCACCCUCAUUAGCCUCAAAAGGAUACUUCUAUUGCUACAAGGGUCUUUCGUGGCAUUAUCCUCUAUACAAUUGAUGGUGUGCUUGUAUAUCUUUGAAGGAGUGUCUAGUUAUGAACUAAAGUGUAAUAUAGCUUCGCUGAGCUGAUAUAAAUUAGUAAUAAUAAAACAUAUUAGCUCGUUGUGUUUGGACAUAAGUAAGCUUUGUCAUGGAUGGAGGAUCUCAAAGUAUCUCAAAACAAAUCUAAUUUAAACCACGUUGUUGGAAAUUAUAUGUAGCACUUGUUGCAACUUCUUUUCAGUACUAUUGUAAGUGACUCAUGUUCAACCUGUUCUUUCCCAGGUACCCCAUUCCACCUUUUGAUUUCUCUGUUAAAGGACUUUCUUCAAUAUCAGUGGAUGUACAUAAAUAUGGUUUAGCUCCCAAAUGAACAAGUAUAGUUCUUUUUAGAAACCAUGAAAUCAGAAAGGUAAGGCAAUGAUUUA